AUGGCUGGCGCGGACGAGACGCUCGCAGCCGCCACGGCUGUGCUGCAGUCUCUGGCCAGAGACGAGCCGACCACCGGCUCUUCCUCCCCUCCCUUUGAUUUCGAAUUCCCCUCGACCAACGGGACUAAAGCUUCCAAACUACCCGGGGAACCCACCGCUGCAAAGGCCGCCUUCGAAGCCGAGUUGGAGGCCUUGGUGCGCCGCGUGCACCACCUGGAAUUCCAAGCUGUCAGUCAUCACAAAUUCCCCGACGAACCCCAGCAGGCCCCGUCUGCCUUCGGAUCCAACAAGAAGGACCCUGAUUUUUUGUGGACCUUCGGGCUCGAUCGCUUGUCGUCCGGUCAAGGUUCUGACUCUUCUUAUUGCCUCACACAGCAGCAAAAACUGAAUCAACCCGAUCGGCGACAGCGAACCCCCUCGGGCCCCGACGACCACCAACCCUCCUCGGCCCCGACCGGAGACCUUGACGAUGACGAUACCGACGAGGAGGAUGAGAACGGCACCGGCACGCGCGUGGUACGCGAGGAAGACAUCAGCUUCCUGCGCAAUCACGUUCAGAAACAGGCCGAGGAGAUCAGCUUCCAAAAGGAUAUCAUUGCACAGGUCCGCGACGAGCUGCAAAAGCAGGAGGAGCACACCCGCCGUGCCCUGACCAAGGUGGAGAAUGAGGAUGUCGUCCUCCUCGAACGAGAGCUCCGGAAGCAUCAACAGGCCAACGAAGCCUUCCAGAAGGCCCUGCGGGAAAUCGGCGGCAUUAUCACCCAAGUUGCCAAUGGUGAUCUUUCCAUGAAGGUUCAGAUCCACCCCCUGGAGAUGGACCCCGAAAUCGCUACGUUCAAACGCACCAUCAACACCAUGAUGGACCAGCUGCAGGUCUUCGGUAGUGAGGUGUCUCGAGUCGCUCGUGAGGUCGGAACGGAGGGCAUACUAGGUGGACAGGCUCAAAUAACCGGCGUCCAUGGUAUCUGGAAGGAACUAACGGAGAAUGUGAACAUCAUGGCCAAGAAUCUGACGGAUCAAGUGCGAGAAAUUGCUGCAGUCACGACCGCUGUCGCACACGGAGAUCUCAGUCAGAAAAUUGAGAGCCGUGCUCAGGGUGAAAUCUUGGAACUGCAACAGACAAUCAACACUAUGGUGGAUCAACUACGGACAUUCGCAACGGAGGUCACGCGAGUCGCGCGUGAUGUCGGUACGGAAGGUGUACUCGGAGGUCAAGCGCAAAUCGAAGGUGUACAAGGAAUGUGGAACGAACUUACGGUAAAUGUCAAUGCUAUGGCGAACAAUCUCACCACGCAAGUGCGUGAUAUCGCUACUGUCACCAAGGCUGUCGCCAAGGGCGAUCUGACACAGAAGGUGCAAGCCAACUGCCGAGGAGAAAUCGCCGAACUUAAGAAUAUUAUCAAUUCCAUGGUGGACCAACUUCGGCAGUUCGCCCACGAAGUCACGAAGAUUGCAAAGGAGGUCGGAACAGAUGGUGUGCUUGGAGGUCAGGCCACAGUUAAUGACGUGGAAGGCACGUGGAAGGAUUUGACCGAGAAUGUCAACCGCAUGGCCAACAACCUGACUACCCAAGUGCGUGAAAUUGCGGAUGUCACCACCGCAGUCGCCAAGGGUGAUCUGACCAAAAAGGUCACUGCCAAUGUCCAGGGUGAGAUACUUGAUCUAAAGAGUACUAUCAACGGCAUGGUGGAUCGACUCAAUACCUUUGCCUUCGAGGUCAGUAAGGUGGCUCGUGAGGUCGGUACCGACGGUACACUUGGUGGUCAAGCGAAGGUCGACAACGUGGAAGGAAAAUGGAAAGAUCUCACCGACAACGUGAAUACCAUGGCCCAGAAUCUCACAUCUCAAGUGCGGAGUAUUUCAGACGUCACGCAAGCUAUUGCCAAGGGCGAUCUCAGCAAGAAGAUUGAGGUGCAUGCCCAGGGAGAAAUUCUCACACUCAAGGUUACCAUCAACCACAUGGUGGGUCGUCUUGCCAAGUUUGCAACCGAACUCAAAAAGGUUGCCCGAGAUGUCGGUGUCGACGGAAAGAUGGGUGGUCAAGCCAACGUGGAGGGCAUCGCCGGAACUUGGAAAGAAAUCACUGAGGACGUCAAUACCAUGGCUGAAAACCUUACGUCCCAAGUACGUGCAUUUGGCGAAAUUACAGAUGCCGCCACGGAUGGUGAUUUCACCAAACUUAUUACGGUCAAUGCCUCCGGAGAAAUGGACGAGCUGAAGCGCAAGAUCAAUAAGAUGGUUUCCAACCUGAGAGAUAGUAUUCAGCGUAAUACUGCUGCCAGGGAGGCUGCCGAACUUGCGAACCGCACCAAGUCUGAAUUCUUGGCAAACAUGUCCCACGAGAUCCGAACACCCAUGAACGGUAUUAUUGGCAUGACUCAACUCACUUUAGAUACUGAUGACUUGAAACCAUAUACCCGUGAGAUGUUGAACGUGGUUCACAACUUGGCCAACAGCUUGCUCACAAUUAUUGACGAUAUACUCGAUAUCUCAAAGAUCGAAGCAAACCGUAUGGUCAUUGAGAGCAUCCCAUUCACUGUGCGGGGAACUGUCUUCAACGCGCUUAAGACGUUAGCUGUCAAAGCGAAUGAGAAGUUCCUGAGUCUCACCUACCAGGUCGAUAAUACUGUACCGGACUAUGUAAUUGGUGAUCCAUUCCGUCUGCGUCAGAUUAUUCUGAACUUGGUUGGAAACGCUAUCAAGUUCACUGAGCAUGGCGAAGUCAAGCUUACUAUUCGGAAAUCUGACCGCGAACAGUGCACCAUCAAUGAGUAUGCAUUUGAAUUCUCAGUCUCAGAUACUGGUAUCGGUAUUGAGGAAGACAAGUUGGACUUGAUCUUUGAUACCUUCCAGCAGGCUGAUGGGUCUACUACCCGUCGUUUCGGUGGUACUGGUCUCGGCCUUUCAAUUUCGAAGCGCCUAGUGAACUUGAUGGGUGGUGAUGUAUGGGUCACUUCCGAGUAUGGCCAUGGAAGUACUUUCCACUUCACCUGCGUGGUCAAGCUUGCGGACCAGUCCUUGAAUGUCAUUGCCUCUCAACUUUUGCCAUACAGGAACCACCGAGUACUUUUCAUCGACAAGGGUCAGAAUGGCCUCCAAGCCACCAAUGUUAUCAAGAUGCUCAAGCAGAUUGAGUUGGAGCCACUGGUUGUUCGCAAUGAAGAGCAUGUACCACCACCUGAGAUCCAAGAUCCUUCCGGAAAAGAGUCUGGUCAUGCCUACGAUGUCAUCAUUGUUGACUCCGUUGACACUGCUCGCAUUCUGCGGACUUUUGACGAGUUUAAGUAUAUACCCAUUGUUCUCGUCUGUCCUUUGGUCUGUGUGAGCUUGAAGUCUGCCCUGGAUCUUGGUAUCAGUUCUUAUAUGACGACCCCGUGCCAGCCCAUUGAUCUGGGUAAUGGCAUGCUUCCCGCUUUGGAAGGCCGCUCAACACCCAUCACCACUGACAACUCUCGUUCGUUCGACAUUCUCCUUGCAGAGGACAAUGACGUGAACCAACAGCUUGCCAUGAAAAUUCUCCAGAAGCACAACCAUAAUGUCUUUGUUGUGGGCAAUGGUUUGGAAGCUGUGGAGGCUGUCAAGAAGCGCCGCUACGAUGUCAUUCUCAUGGAUGUUCAGAUGCCUGUUAUGGGUGGAUUUGAAGCCACUGGAAAGAUUCGCGAGUAUGAGCGGGAGAGUGGCCUUCAACGCACCCCAAUCAUCGCCCUCACAGCUCACGCCAUGUUGGGUGACCGUGAAAAGUGUAUUCAAGCCCAGAUGGACGAAUACUUGUCCAAGCCGCUCAAGCAGAAUCAGAUGAUGCAGACGAUUCUGAAGUGUGCGACGCUUGGUGGUUCGCUUCUGGAGAAGAGCAAGGAGUCUCGAAUCUCCAGCAGUGGAGAAAUGCACCCAAUCCACUCCUCCGUGGCUUCGGAUAACCAGAAUCAGCAGCAGCAUCAACAGCAGCGGUCCCAAAAACAGCAACCGCUGCCUUCGCCCACACGCCUUGGUGUAGACAGAGCAAUCACUGCCUCUGGCUCCAUCGGCCGCGGCAGCGUUGUGAGUCCCGUGGAAGACAAAGACGAAGAGAUGAUCGAUGAUCGGACGUUACUGCGCUCCAACAGUACCUGA